CAAAGAGUAGGAGCCGCCGUAUAUUAAUAAAACCCACUUCCUGCGACUUUUUUUGUUUUCAUUUGGUUUCUUCCUUCUCACACUUCCCCCAAUUCCCAAACCAAACCCUCUCUCUUCCGGCGUUCUGGGGGUGGCGUCGCCGGCGAUUCCCCCCUCCGGUUCCCUCUCCACCCUUCAAUUCAACCCUCUCGUCUUCGCUUCACUGAUUCCCUCUUUCAAAAUGCUUCCGAUCGCUUGCUAGGGUUUUCCCUCUCCCAAAUCUCCUCCUCGGAAAGCACCCUGUACCUUUUAUUCCUCCGACUAAUCAACUUCUUUGCUAUGGCUAUUCGUGUAACCUUUUCCUUUUCGGGCUAUGUCGCCCAGAGCCUCGCCUCCUCCGCCGGCGUGCGCGUCGCCAAUUCGCGUUGCGUCCAGGAAUGCUGGAUCCGUACGCGCCUCUCUGGCGCCACCCAGAAGACGGAUCUAGAUUCCUCCGCCGGCGGAGUCCGCAAUUUUGCCGGGCCCAAGCCCAACUGCUGGGCCCAGUCCACUUACUCCACCCUCACCGGGGAGUUCCUCGGCGACGGCUGCAAGAGCCCAAUCAUAUUGGGCCUGAUUUCGAUCAUGAAGUCAACGGCGGGUGUGUCUGGGUCAUCCGCGGCGGCUGCGGGUAUUUUCGGUAUUUCGCCCUUCAAAACCACUUCGAUCGUUCCCUUCUUGCCUGGUUCGAAGUGGCUUCCUUGCAACGAGUCCGUUCCCGACCCCACCACUUCCUGGGAGGUCGACAAAGGUGGCACGCGACGCGUCGUUUCGGACACCGAAUCCAAUUUUGCCAAGACUAGUUGGCUUUCGCGGUUGAUGAACGUGUGUUCCGAAGACGCGAAGGCUGCGUUCACUGCUGUUACUGUUAGUUUGCUCUUUAAAUCGUCCUUGGCUGAACCAAGAUCAAUUCCCUCUUCUUCUAUGUACCCUACUCUUGAAGUAGGUGACCGUGUUCUAACCGAGAAGGUUUCGUUCUUCUUUAGAAAGCCUGAUGUUUCGGAUAUAGUCAUUUUUAAAGCGCCUCCUUGUUUAGAGGAGUUUGGUUUUAGUUCGUCUGAUGUGUUUAUAAAGAGGAUUGUGGCUAAGGCUGGGGACACUGUUGAGGUGCGUGAUGGGAAACUACUGGUAAAUGGUGCUGCUGAAGAACGGCAAUUUGUAGUAGAGCCUCUAGCUUAUGAGAUGGAUCCAAUGGUUGUGCCAGAAGGAUAUGUGUUUGUAAUGGGAGACAAUCGGAACAACAGCUUUGAUUCUCAUAACUGGGGCCCUCUCCCAGUUGAGAACAUUGUUGGUAGGUCCAUGUUUCGCUACUGGCCUCCAUCCAAAGUAUCUGACACUGAUACCCUAAGUAAACUCCCACCUGGGAACAAACCUGUGGCAAUUUCUUGACAAGAUUCCCGCUGCUUUCUGAAGGUGAUGAAGGUUUCCAGAUACGUUCAUCUAUUCUAAAUUGACAGUUUCUCCCGUCUUUGCCUGGGAAUGAGCUGUUCGGAGAUUCUCUUAGAAGAGCCAGCUUGACCUGACUUUGCAUGCAGUUUGGGAUGAAUAUCUUAUUCAUUGAUACAGAUUUGUCAAUGACCUAAUAAUGCCAUUAUGCGUUAAUUUGUGCCAUCUGAGAUGUAUUUCUAUUGCUGAAGUGCGGGGAGAAAAAAAGAAUAAAAAAAAAAUGAUGAUUUUACCCCUCAAAAAUGAAACAUGAUGAUUGAUUUGUUUUGUAUUCUUUCAUAUAAGCUCCAUAAUCAAGCCUCCUCCUGAUUUGAAUCUAUAAUGCCAUUCAGUCAUACAUGAAAUUGUAUGGGCACGAUUAUGGUUGCCCAUUUUAAAAUCAAGUAAGAAUGCAAUUUCCCUCUU